GGUUUAGUUGUACAAGAUGAAUAUCUGUUAAAAAAUGGGUCAGCAAAACUCCGCACCCACAUGUCCUGUAAGGCAGCAAUAUUGGUGCUGUUCAACUUCAGCAGUGCUAGGAAGGGCGAAGAAGCUGCAGCAGCAAGAGACUUGCGGUGUCAGUUGGUAGACAUACUUGUAAAUGUUGCUCCCACAUCUGAAUCUCUUCAACAACAAGCCAAUAGAGACAGUUCCGCAUAUCCUUGCCCCACUGUUUCUGGCCCUCCUGCACAUCUGUUGGAGCUGACAACUCCUGUAAACUCCACUGUUCCUGGCCCUCCUGCACAUCUGUUGGAGUCGACAACUCCUGCUAACUCUACUGUUCCUGGCCCUCCUGCACAUCUGUUGGAGCCGACAACCCCCGUAAACUCCACUGUUCCUGGCCCUCCUGCACAUCUGUUGGAGCUGACAACCCCCGUAAAUUCCAAUGUUCCUGGCCCUCCUGCAUGCCUGUUGGAGCUGACAACUCCUGUAAACUCCACUGUUCCUGGCCCUCCUGCACAUCUGUUGGAGUCGACAACUCCUGUUAACUCUACUGUUCCUGGCCCUCCUGCACAUCUGUUGGAGCCGACAACCCCCGUAAACUCCACUGUUCCUGGCCCUCCUGCACAUCUGUUGGAGCUGACAACCCCCGUAAAUUCCACUGUUCCUGGCCCUCCUGCAUGCCUGUUGGAGCCGAUCACAACUCCAUUGAAAUCAAAAUGGAUUGCAACUGAAGAUCUUCUAUCUCGUCAACAAGCUGUUAGAAACAAGCAGGAUGGGGGACGCAAGUUUACAUCUAGAGAGGUGGCCCGUCGUUUGAACUUGCAAAAAGAUGAACUAACAAAGCUGGCAAAGAAUGUUCAUCAUGGCUCCAAGAAUGACUUUAUCGCCUCGCUGGCAGAGUCAGUCACUAGUAAAAAAGACCAUGGUAACAAUAACUGGGAUGGAACUUUAUCCCCACAAGAUGUUGUAAAUUUGGCUAAAAAAUCCCAUGAUCCUAAAACAAGGAAGCCUGUUUAUGACAUUAUAGUAGAAGAAGAUGCUGCUGCUCACCAUCAUUUGUCAGCUAUUGAAGUACUGGAUCUUCAAGACACCACUAACCCAACUGAUGAUCCGUGCAUUGAGAAGAAGACUACCUAGAUUCCUUGAUUCAGAACGCAAGGUUAACUCCCUCAAGGCAAAGUUUCGAAGAGAGUUUGAAGUUGUUUGGAAACCCGAAAGAACACAUUCAGGAUGGCGAAUAAAUCCGGAUCGGCUCAGGGAAACCUUACUUCACUUGUACUGGUGGCUUCCACCUAUUGAGUGGUGGAAAAUUUAUGGAGACGGUAGGAACUUUGGAGGAAAUGACAGUGUUGCAUUGACAUUGAAUGUCUUAAACAAUGAAGCCAUGUUUCAUGGCUUUAGCUAUCACAGCCCAGAUGAGUACUGGCCCCUUUACAUUUUCUACGGAAAGGACACUAGACUCAACUUAGAACUUAACCUUGGGGAUCCUGUUAAGCCAGAUAGCCUGAAUGCAUGGACAGAUUCAAUGAUGACGAGAGGACACAAAAUAUUUAUAUCCUGUGAUUCCAAGUUUUCUGAUAACUUGCUGGGUGGGGGCUUGGAUUCAACAAGCACUGACUCGUUCAACAUGUACAACUAUGAAACAAAGGAAACAAGGAGUGAUGUUGGUAACAGCACUGGUUUUCGAUCUGAGGUUGGCCGUAACAUUGAGCGAGAGCAUCCUGAAUCACUUCUUCCCUCACUCCCAACCUCUUGUUACAUACCCGAUACAAAUCACUGCUUUUGCAGAACGACUGAACACAUGGUUUUUGAUCGAUGCAUGAGCUGCAUGAACCUCGAAGGCCAGCAGAGUUUGGGGGGGCAGGUUGCUAAAGACCAGACUCUGAGUCACUUUCUUGGCAACAUCAAUACCAGAGGGGUUAGGAAUGGUAAAUUUGAGCUGAAAUAUGAGGGCAAGAAAUUGCAGCCAAUUACUUUAAAU